ACGACUGUACACCAACCACAGCUCAACCACCAUGUACACAGGUACUGUACAGAUCUGUGGACUGUUGGAGGUGGGAUUGUGUCUUUUGGUCCACCGCAUGGAGCCAGGAGAAUCUUGCAUCUUUGCUCAAUACUCACUCCUCACUCCAUACGAACUCGCUGUAGGAGUACAUGCAACAUGCAUACAGUAUACAGUACUAGAGUAUGCACCACUCCAAUGACCAUUGGGUGCCCUCUGAAAGGUGGGUGUCCCUGGCUUUUAAGGGGUCUUGAAAGUUGAGAACUGCUGCAACGCUGCAAUUACUGCAACUUUCUGCUCUAACUGAGCAUUCUGGCGACCGUCUGAAUCGAGUCGAGUCAAAUCAAUCAGAUUCUCAGAUUCUGCUGACAGGGUUCUCAGCGGCAGAACGGCAUCAAAAUCUCCUUUGAACCGGCCGCGACUGCCCCAAUCGAAAUCGCUGCGCUGGUCUACCGGAGCUUCUACCAGUACCUAUUAUCGUAGCCAAGCAGUCAGCAAACCGCGUGCUGUGGUAUUAUCUUUGUGUUAUCCACAUACCGGUAGCAUCCUACCCUCCACCAUGGUUGGGCCUGUAACUGUCUUCACCGUUGAGGACUGUCCUUACUGCAAGCAGGUAACAACGACGCUGGAAGAAUGUCGGCUACCCUACACGGAUAUCUCCCUCUCCAAGUUCCCUCAGAAGCGCAAGGACUUGCUUCAGCUCACGGGAAAAGUCUCGGUACCGCAGCUCUUUAUCCACAGUCAAUGGAUUGGAGGAGUCGACGCCUCUUUGGCAUACUUGCGGGACUUUUCCAACCGCAUUGUCCGGCACUCCUCCUUCACAGAGGACUCUAUGGAGUCGCCGCUUGAGACGUUGGAGCGUGCAGUAGGCCGCAAGUCUAAUGGGAGCGCCGCAGUCAACCCCCGAUUCAUGGUCCCCAUCAUGGAGGAGCAUGAAGGUGACGAAACAGACUCGACCUGGUGUGAAGAGGACGAAUGCCAGUGCAACGAUACUCCCGUUGGGGGUCCAUUGUCGGCAUGUGGCAGCAGUGGCAGCAGCUGUAGUACGUUCGGUAGCAGCACGGAUACCACCCGCAUCAUGACACCGGAUGGAUCUCUUCUGACCGUCUUGGAAACUACCGAACUACUCAAGAAAGUAGUACUGGACUACUCACAGAGACGAUGGAACUUUACCACGUACAAGAACUGCUGUACCGCAGAAGAAGUAAUCAACUCGUUUGCACAGCAUUACGACAUUUCCAGACGAGAAGCAGAAUGCUUUGGUAGGCUCCUGCACCGAAACCACAUUAUGCAUCAUGUUUGCAACGACCAUCAAUUCAAAGAUACCUCGGCACAUUUUUGGAGGUUGCAAUGCUUUCACAAUCCAGACAUUCUGAAUUCCUACCGAACGUGGCCGGUCCAAGCGUCGCCGCAUCCGGAAGAAGCACUUCACAGAAUCCUCAACAUCUUUGGAAAGAUUCUUGCCACCAUCAUCACAGAAGAAGGCACUUUUAACUACAGGAUCGCCUUCAUGUGCUCGGACUAUCCCUUGUUUGAAGAUGCCGUCUGUGAGCUACAACGAGUAGAUCUGUCCUUACUGGAAGGACCUGCCAUGAUGGCGUUUGCGCUGAAUGUCUUCAACCUCAUGCUGAAAUACUCGUUCAUGAAAGUCGGUAUCCCCACAUCAGAGAGCUCCCGUUCAAAAAUGUUUGAGCAAGUAAAGUUUCAAGUAGGUGGUUUCACCUUUUCGCUUCAGGAAUGGGUGGAUGGAGUCUUGCGGGGGAAUAGCAAGUCGCCCGUCACAAAGACUCAUGCCUUUGGCAAAAAGGAUCCUCGAUUGGCAGUCACUGGCAAAUUUCCCAGAGAUUGUCGAAUCCAUUUUGGAAUUCACUGUUGGUCACGGUCGCGAAGAAGUUCCCCCGUCAAGACGUUCACUGCUGCUGGCAUUGAGGAGGAAUUGGCCUUUGUCACACAAGCGUUUUGUGAAGAUGAUGACAAUGUGGCCUUCAACAUUUGCGAAAGCAAAAUGCGUCUGGCACAAGUCUUUCGACGAUACAAGUCCGACUUUAUCGGUAAGUCGGGUUCAUCGGUUCCUCAAGUGGUGGUACACUUCCUCUUUGGGCCUCGUCGCGCCAGACUGGAACGGUAUCUGAUGAAUCAUCAGACCAUGAAGAUGUCCAGUGGUGCCGAAGAUUGGACGUUGGGAGUGAGCGACUUUGUCGUGUUUGAUGCGGCCUGCUUGGUGCCCAACGUGAAGAAGUUUCAAAAGUGCGUCCGCAGCACGGCUCACCCUACAUGUAGUAGGCAGCCGGUUGCGUCCACUCGCAGUGACAAGGACCCCUCGUCCGGCAAGGACGCUUCGUCUGUUGAAGGAGGAAGUUCCAUGUGCUCAUCACAAGCCAGUGGGGUGGGUCGAUGGUUACCGAGCAGAUCACGACGACUCGGGGCUGGAGCAGGGUCGCGGUCUCCGCCUGUGGUGCCUUCCCGACAGGACUGUAUUCCGAAGAUGGCUGUGCGGAUCCGGGGGAGUUCCGCUCUGUUGGAGGGGGAUACAGAUAUAGAUGGAUCCGAAGGGACUCUCCUGUUGGAUGACAUUUCGAAUGUGUCUGGCAUAUCCUUUAGUAGUCCGGCAUCACCAUCGGCGUAAUAACUCUACCGGUAUAGCACCAUACUAGCUAACGUUGUCAUUCACAAACCA